AUGGAGCGCGUCCACAACGUAAACCCGUUCGCCAAGCGCGACGAGCACACCAAGAACACAGUCAUCACCUACAAGGUCUUGACCACUGUUACAUGGUUGCUCUCCGUCGUCGUCUCGUUCUACUACACCUUCAACAGUCCUCACGAUGGCAACUGGGCCCGACGACGCAUCUGGCAACAAAACGAUGCCUACCCGACGGCGUUCCGAUUGAACAGCAUUAUCGCGAGCAUCUACUGGCUUGUUCUCUUCAUUCUCCAGGGUGGCUACAUCGCUCACCUGUUCUCGGGCAAUGUCGAGCGUGUAAAUGCCGCGUGCUCUGUCGGAAGUCACUUCAUCUUGAACAACCUGUUCCACUUCGCAUUCGUCAUGCUCUUCGUGAGAUCGGCGUUUGGAUGGGCCGAGCUGAUCAUUAUCCUGAACUUCGCCAACUUGUCCUCACUCUACUUCCGCCACCCCGGAUACGCCCGCUUCAUCCACCAGGCGGCCGUCUCUGGACCGCUUGCCUGGACCUUUGUCGCCAUCUACUGGAACGGUGCUAUCAUGGUACCUGACGCCAACUCACUGGUGGCUCGCAUUUUUGGCAACAUCUUCAUCUGGAGUAUCAUGGUCUACGGACUGUUCUUCAUCGUCGUCUACAAGGAUUACACGAUGGGUUUCAACCUCAGUGUCCUUUCUGCAGCCAUCGGUGUCUCUCAAUUCUUACGUCAGGUUGUCGCGUUCCAGUGGAUCUUUGCGUUCACCAUCAUGGCCGUCCUGUUCGUUGCCACGGUUGUCGUUGCCAUUCCUGCUGCAACCGGAAAGGACUUCGGGUUUGGCAGGACCCAAGAAAGCGACACCGAGCGAGCUCCUCUGCUUGCCGAGAGCUAA